GUUGGAAUGUGUCCAACAACUUCAGCUCCACCACCACGACGGCCACCAGCACCACCACGGGCACCACCAGCACCACGCUGUCCACCACGCAGCUGGGAGAUACCCAGCGGCUUGUGCUUCCCUGCGACACAGAACUUGAGGGCUACACCCACAUGCUGCUCUACACCGCCACAGCUUUCGCGGAGCAGACCUACCCAGUGAUCUUUGAGCUGGACAACGCGAAUGCGCAGGUGUCAAACAUCA